CAACGACCAAACUGUUUAAUACAGUUUUACGUAGGAUGUAGUUCGCAGUUCAACAGUGGAUCAACUUGUCUCUCAGCUUCCCUUUAGUUGUAACCGCCUCGGCACGCACGAUGCUUUAUCGACAGUGAUGUUUAAUUCUUACUGAAGAUGUAUAAAAUAGACAAAAGACAGAUGUACCAUUUCUUCCUCUGCCAUCGUUACUUCAGAUAAUUUUCAAAAUCUGAAGAUGGCAGUUUUGGGGAGAUUGAAACGAGGCAGUGUUCAGCUACAGCGAGCGGCAAUCAAAGCAAGUGGGCGAAUUGGCGUUCGUCGUGUCAUGGUGGGAAUGGUGAUGCUGGGGCUCGUGUUGUCGGGAUUCUUACAACAGAGCGCCACAGUGGCCCUCCUCACCCUCAGCGAUCAUUUGUCGUCAGUCGAUUUCGCCGAAUACGUGACCAACACGAGUUACGUCACAAGGUACUGUAACUCGUUCAAUGACACGAACGAGACGAACGUAGGGACGGAUCCUGAAGAUGCAGGUCCUGAGGACGACAUCACAGAGUUUGAGCAGGAGGAGGAUGAUUCUUUUGCGGAGAACGAAACGUCGCACGUCGGACAUGGCCGCCAUAUUGUAGCAGACCCAGAUCUGAAGGUUCCUUUUUCUGAAGAAGAGGAUCUGGAUUUUCGCCUUCGCGAAGUUUUUCUGUGGGGAUCAUUGCUCGCUCCCCUACCCAGCAGUCGACUAGCAGCCAAAGUGGGUCCUGUACGCGUUUUUGGGAUUAGCAUUCUGGGCGCCGGGGCGCUGGCCGUCCUGGUCCCAUUCGGGGCCUGGUUUUCUUCCUACCACAUCGUAAUUCGCUUCGUCCAAGGACUCUUCACUGGCUGCAUGUGGCCUGCUCUGCACAUGCUCGCUGCCUCGUGGUUCCCGCCGCUCCAACGAAGUGGAUUCGUAUCCUGCUACUCCGCUGUAUCAUUGGGCUACGCCGCGGCAGGACUGUUAGGAACUCCCUUAGUUCUCGCCCUGGGUCGUGACUCGCUGUGCUAUCUCCUCGCAGUCCUUACGCUUCUGUGGGCUACAGGCUGGUGGCUCCUAGUGCGAGACUCGCCCGCAGAACACCCACGCCUGUCUUCCCAGCAGAGGCAUCAGUUGCAGAGGGCAAUUGGACCGGGAGUGUCUGCCAGAAAUUCUGUUCCUCCCCCGCCGUGGCGUCGUAUUUUGACUUCUCUGCCUGUCUGGGCCUGCGCAAUCGCGACCCUGGGCAGUCACUGGGGUCAAGGUACUCUACAGCUGGCAGUCACAAAAUAUCUCAUGCUGGUUUACGGUUUUGCACUCAGAUACGACCGCGUAUUAUCAGUGCUGCCUCAUCUUGGGCACUUCAUGGCAGCCCUUACGUUCGGCCGGCUGGUGGACCAUGUGAGGGGAAAAGCCCUUGUAUCAACAACCACCGCCAGGAAACUUCUCGUCUACAUCUCCCACUUCAUGCCGGGCGCAGUGCUCUUCGUGGUGGGGUACAGCGGAUGCGACCCAGCGACACCUGCUGCACUCUACACAGCUGCCGUUGUAGUUAGUGGCGCUACCGCAGCUGGCACAUAUGCAAGUGCUGUUGACAUCGCACCAAACUUUGCAGGAACGGUUUUUGGUAUCAGUCAGACUUUUGGGGCUGCAGGAAACCUAGCAUCCAGUUACGUAGUGAAGGAAGGUCUCCAUGGAUCAUUGCCUGGCUCGUGGCGCCUUGUGUUCGGGGUAGCAGCUUUUGUCUUGGCGUUGACGGCCACAGUCUUCAUGGCUAUUGGCAGUGGCACAGUCCAGCCGUGGAACUACUUGGCCGAUCACCGGACAGGACCUCAGGAAUCAGCAUCAGAAGACGAGGCAGUGGAAGAAGAACCAGUGGCAACAAGUAUUGAAGUUGACACCGCUUCCACAUCACAAGAAUCUCCCGAAACGUCAAGUAAAACAAAAACUGCCACAAUGACGACUGAGGUAUAAUCUCAAAGGAAAAAUAAAUAAGAAAUUUUAGUUAUACAUAUCCUUGUUCUCAGGCAACCGAAAAAGUGUUUUUCUUCCUUAACGUGAGGUAAAAUUUUAGUUUUUAAUAUUUUAAUCUUUACGCUUUUAGACAGCAAAUAUGCAACCAAAAUAUUCUGAACUGCAUCCCCCGAAUUAAAUCUGAUCUUAAUUUUUCCCAAAUACAAAUUUUUUUUGUAUGUCGUUCCCAAAACUGAACCUUUCUAUAUUUUCAAAGUAUUCAUUUGCUACAUUCACAAAGUGAUUUCGUCCUGCGGUGUGGUGACGAAACGUAAACAUACACUUUUUUUCUCUGCGUUUACUUCUAGACUAUCUCUCUACUGGCGCGUAAUAUUUUAUGCGUUAUUCUUCAUGGUACUUACCCUUUCGCCCAAUAAAAUAUCAUAAAUACGGACAAGAAACUGAUGUCUCCUAGUGAAUUAAAACUCCUCUGUUUACUAGGCCCAAAAAUGUUAACUUCGUGCCGGGUCUGAAACAGUGGGCGGGGCUCGAAUUGUAGCCUAUGGGACAGGGGUUCGUUGUUCUUAACAGGACUCGCUGCGGAACUACAUUGCUCCAGAUGGUGAAUAAUAGGAAGCUUCAAGUUUCCUUUUAUGAUAAAUAUUAAGUCUGAUAGAACAUUUAAUUCAUGAUUUAGUUAUAUCCCACGCCUUGUACAGGUUGAGAAAAACCACGCAAAUAUAUGGCUUUGAAACACAAAUUGGUAUCAAUAUUUACUUUCUACACCAUUUAUUUUAACUAUCACAGUAUGCAUUGUAGGUGUAUGUUUUCAAUUAAAUACAAAACAUAAAAAUACUGGUCACAUGUUGAUCACGAUUAGUUAAAAGAACUUAAUAAAUGAUCUACAAUUUAAACAAACUCAAUUUUUGUGAACAAAAUCAACUACGAUCGUGUUGAUUUUGAGAUUCUGGGUUGGGAUAUCGUGUAGGUGGUUACCAACGUUUUCGUUGAACACAUCAUCUUCUUCUUUGGGGUUGAGAUGACCUGAAGAUGGAAGUGAUGUCAUAACCCACGAUUCCACAACCGAUAUCUUCACUGCUGUGACAACCUCAAAUCUCAGAUUCAUUAUCAGUUAGUGCUGCCAUCUUCUAAUUAAAAACAAAAUGUUUGUAUGUAAAAGUUUUGAGAUUUGUGUUUCUGUUUAAACCCUGAAUAAAAUGUGCCUAAAUGUGUUUAA